CUCGCUACGCGUAGCAGAUGGCCUGGGGUCGGAUGCGGCGGGGGCGCUGGGUGAGCGAUUUGACCUUUUUACCACUUCUCACGCGUAGCAACCCUAAAUUGCCGCCGCCGCCGCCUUCUUCGACAGCGCGCAAGCUUCCCGAUCAGGCCACGCCGGAGCGCCUCCGACGUCGUUUUCCGAUUCAUCAGGAGAGCAAGCCACGCUAUUUACCGGAACUUUGGAACGGCGUGAGGCGUUCCCGUGCCGGAACGCCGGUUCCGGCCGUUCCACGCCCGUUCCGACGAACCAUGACGGCAGCUGAGCAUCGCGAUUCAAGUCCAUAAAUUGUUUGACUUUCUGCGUCGAAGAAAUCCAAAACACCUCCGGCUGCAGCUGCUCUCGUCUCUAUAUAUCCAAGCAACUGCUCAUUUUCUAGCUCUGCAGUUUUACGCCUUCAUUCCACUUAAGCCUUAGGGGAGAAGUCGAGGAAAGCCAUGGGCCAAGCUUUCUGCUGCGUUCAAGUAGACCAAUCCACGGUAGCGAUCAAGGAAUCCUUUGGGAAAUUCGACGAUGUGCUUCAGCCUGGAUGCCACUGCUUGCCUUGGAUCUUCGGCAAGCGCGUCGCCGGUCGCCUCUCCCUCCGAAUGCAGCAGCUCGACGUCAAUUGUGAAACAAAGACAAAGGACAAUGUGUUUGUGAACGUUGUGGCAUCCAUCCAAUACCGUGCUCUGCCUCUGCCUGACAAAGCACGCGAUGCUUUCUAUAAGCUUAGCAACACACAGUAUCAGAUCCAAGCUUAUGUAUUUGACGUGAUAAGAGACAGGGUGCCAAAGCGCACCCUGGACGAGACUUUUUUGCAAAAGAAUGAGAUAGCCAAAGAUGUGGAAGAUGAACUUAAGAAGGCCAUGCCUGCUUAUGGCUUCGAGAUUGUGCAGACUCUCAUCGUCGAUAUUGAACCAGAUGAGCAUGUUAAAAGAGCAAUGAAUGAUAUCAACGCAGCUGCAAGAUUGAGAAUGGCAGCAGACGAGAAGGCGGAAGCCGAAAAGAUUGUGCAGAUUAAGAAGGCGGAAGCCGAAAAUACUGUGCAGAUUAAGAAGGCGGAAGCCGAAAAGAUCGUGCAGAUUAAGAAGGCGGAGGGUGAAGCGGAGGCCAAGUAUUUGUCGGGCGUGGGCAUUGCCCGUCAGCGCCAAGCCAUCGUGGACGGCCUGAGAGACAGCGUGCUUGGCUUCUCUGUGAAUGUGCCAGGAACAACUCCGAAGGACGUGUUGGACAUGGUGCUCAUCACCCAGUACUUCGACACCAUGAAGGAGAUUGGAGCACAGUCCAAGUCCUCGUCAGUUUUCAUCCCUCAUGGACCGGGGGCCGUCCGUGACAUUGCUCAACAAGUCCGGGACGGUCUUGCCGGGCUGUAAGUAAACUAGGUGUGUGCUUAAACAAUUCUCUUAAACGUGCUUCAGUUUGUUUGUAACCAAAUCGUUUCUGAUUUUCAAUUCACUUGCAAGAUCUGCUUUGAGCA